AUGCUUUCGACGUCUACUCUCCACGCCUUGUGCGUGCUUGCACUCACGGUGGCAGUGGAGUCUCAGUCCGGCACACCAUCAUCUACCGCCACGGCAACCCUUGACGAGCCAUGUGCUCAAGUGAGCGCACUUUCAAGCCAGUAUAUGGCGGCGCAUCCCACAGCAUUGAAAGCGGUUUCUUUCCCCAUGCCUCCAGAUGUGGCCUAUGCGUGUUCACAAUCCGUUCCGUUGGUGAAAGAGGAUACACUUGCUGUCCUCACGGGCCUGAAGGCUUUGGUACAGUGGCAAAGUACGCUGGGCUGGCUCAAGGAUCCACCAGCAGACUGGCCCUUCCCUCCUGUCGACCUGGUGGCAGGACUGGAGGAUCUCACCAACAAGGUGCAAGACGGGACCAUGACGCGAGAAAUCGAUUUUGAAACCCAACUAGUCGAUUUGAUCACUUCAGUGCGCGAUGGGCACUUGACCUAUGUGCCAGAUGCCUACUCGGUCUUCCAGUAUGGCAUCCAGGACCUACCCCUCUAUUCCAUGUCGACCGAUGGCAAACAGCUGCCAGAAAUCUACGCGGCCGCGGACGUGAUAGCCCAAUCCCUGGGCGGAGCAGGAGGAUGGACGCCUUCUCCCAUUGUCAAGAUCAACGGGACUGAGGUGGUUUCCUGGCUGAGUGAACAGGCUUUCAACGGCACCUUGACGCAUCAGGACUUGGACGCCUUGUACAACCGUCUCUUCGUCACCAUCUUCGCUCCAGGAACCUCGAAUGGUGAGUUCAGCGCCCCAUCGCUCAGUCGAUAUUCGGGCUCGUCGAUUGCGGUCGAGUUCAAGAAUGGGACCCAAGCAACCUUCGCCAUCGUCGCAGCUAGCAACCAGGACUUUACCAACGUGGUCGACGGCAAGAGUUUCUACCAGGCUUUCUGUGAUCCCACCGUCAAGGCCAAGGCAACAGCGAGCUCGUCUUCGGCCUCUCCCGCCGAGCCUACCGAGACGACGGUACCCGAUCCUUCUUCCCUGUACCCGUUGUACCCUUCAGCCGUGGCCAUCAAUGACGACGGCACGCUCUCCGGCUACUUCUUGGAUCAUGAACCAGGCGUGGCUGUUUUGGCCAUCCACGAAAUAUCCGAGGCCGCCCAGGUGUCGACGCAGCAGACUCUAGCCAAUUUCUUACAACAAUGCCGGGAUGCCAACAAGACCCAUCUCAUCAUUGAUGUCAGCCAGAACCCCGGUGGCACUAUUCUCGUGGCCUAUGACAUCUUCAAGCAACUCUUCCCAACUCUUCAGCCUUAUUUGGGCGCUCAAAUGCGGGCGCACGAUCAGGCCAACGUCCUCGGAGAAUACUAUACUCCUCUAGUUGAACAGGCCGAAGAGCAGGAUGCCGUUGCCAACAUCACCGACCCGGUACUCCUUGCAGGUAUAUUCUCUCCGUUCGAUGCCACGUCGGUGCUCAACGAUAGUGGUCAAGCCUUUGCAUCCUGGGACGAAUAUUUCGGACCGGUCCAGGUGCACGGUGACAAGUUCACGCAGCAGUCCCAGAUCAACAUUUCCAAUGCCGACUACGAUGAAAGCAGUGCCGGCAUUGUUGUAUCUGGCUACGCCAACAACUCGCAUGUUGCGCCUCAGCCUUUCCUCUCGGAGAACAUGGUCGUCUUCACGGACGGGUUUUGCGCCUCGUCGUGCACGAUCCUGAUGCACCUGCUGAAAUAUCAAGCCAAGGUCAAGUCAAUUGUGGCCGGGGGUCGCCCACAGACCGGGCCGAUGCAGGCGAUCGGCGGCGUCAAGGGGUGCCAAGUUCUACCUCUGGACGCCCUCGUCCCAGCAAUCCAGUCGUUUUACGAGAGUGCCUCGCCGGACGAGAUCAAAGCGGCCAACCAGACGGCGCUCAAAGACCUGGCCGACCAGGCCGCCACGCUGUCGCUCCGGCAGUUUCCCGGGGGCGCGGUCCAGUUCAACCUCCUCAACGCCAUCGCGCAGUACGACGAGUCGCAGACGCCGCUGCAGUUUGUCUACGAAGCAGCCGACUGCCGACUCUUUUACCAGGCCGCGCACGUGACAAACGUCACGGCCAUGUGGAACACGGUGGCCGAGCAGGCCUUUGGCCUGAACGGGCAGGAAAAGUACUCGCUGUGCGUGGCCGGCAGCACGAACCACCCGACCAGCCUGAGCGGCAACCAGACCUUGUACCAGGGCGGCGAGAUUGCCAAUGUCACCGGGUACAACCCGAGCGAGGACGCCGCGCAGGGCAGCGGCAGCGGCGACGGCUCGUCGGAUAAUGGUUCCGGGUCGCUGAGGUUUGCCUCAACGGGCAUGACCAGCUUGAUCUUGGGGGUUGGGUUGGCCGUGCUGGCCUCGUCGACCGAUUUGAUCUUUUAG